AUGGACGACGGUGUAAAGAAGUUCUGUCCAAACUGUUCUCAGCUUUAUAAUUUACAAAUAAACCUUUCAUCAAAGCCGAAAGGAAAUUUGCCACUACUUCUGCCAUGUGGCCACUCAAUGUGCGAAAAUUGCAUCGUAAAUACUGUGAAGUGCCUGGAGCCUAUUGAAUGCAAAGUCUGCAUGUGUGAUGCCAAUGUGAAGAUCAAUGAUCUGAAUACAUUCAUACUAGAUAAAAAUGUUUUGUAUUUAAAAUUUCCCAUAAAUGUUCAUAUGGUUGGAGAGCUGGCUGUGAAUCAGAUGAAGGAUUCAUACUCCACUCGUAAGCAACCUGAUGAUGACUUUUUUAUUGACUUGAAAACUUUGUUAAACUGUGCAGCAGAACAAGGCAAUUGUGUUGAAUGUGGUGUAGCUACAUCCAAAAUGUGUAAAGAGUGUGUCACCAUCUUGUGUGAUGCCUGCUUCAAUAAAACUCACAAAAACUACAUUGUUUUCAAAAACCAUGUACUACAAAGUAUCGAAACAACUAUGUUACCAAGUACAUGCAAGCAGCAUCUUCAGAAGCCACUUGAUUAUUAUUGCAAGGAUUGCAAGAAGUGUGUAUGCACGGACUGCAUGAUACUCGGUGGAGAAAAGUCUUGCAAGAACCAUGAUGUGGUGUCUUUGCAGGAUAUUAACGAGACCUUCUUGGAAGAUUUGAAUGAAAUAUCUCCUAAAGUUGAUGAAACCUACCGAAGACUGACCAAAACAGCUGUUGAUGUUGGGUAUUUGCUUUAUAACUUUCAAAAUGAUGCUGGAUCAGCAAAAGAUCUUACCAAUAUUCUGGCCGAUGUGGAACAACACUUCUCAAAGCUUUUCAGUAUUAUACAAAAGCAUAAGGAAGAAAUUGUCAAUAUAAUAUUAUACUUGAAAUUUUCUGAAAAAAAUUCCUUGCAGAGAGCUAAAUCUGAAAUAGCUAAUUCUAUUAAGAAAGCCAAUAAUGUGUUGGAGUUGAUAGCAAUUGCAACAGACACAAAAAAUAUUAAAAGGAUAAAUAUGCCAGCGCUUUUGGAGGAAGCUAAAGAAGUUGUGAAUACUCCCUGGUAUCUUGACAAGAAAGAAACAGACAAAGAACCUCUCAAAGUGACCGUCAAUGAAGACCUGUGUUCACUAGUCAGUGACUAUGUGCACUUGGAAGGCAAUGUGAAGUCUGUGUACAAGAUGUAUUCAACGGCGGAACUUGGUGACAAUGUGGAAAUACCUCCAGCUCCUGCUACACCAGUUCUGCCGCCGGAACUAGUUAAAGAUGCGAGACUAUCGAAACCAAAUAAACCCAAACCUGAAACUCCUAAAGCGCCAGCUUUAUUCACAAAUGCACCCAAGUAUCGCAACAAGAGUGGUUCUGUGUCAUCUAAUUCUAACUGCAGUGAGAAAUCAAACAGAAGCUACAUUGUCCAAAAUCAGUACCAACAGCCACCCAUCGUUCAGCCAGUUGCACCAUUUCAAGAAAACCAACAUCCACAACAAUUGUCUGAAGGCGCGCAAGAAUUGAUCUAUGUUACGCACAUUGUGGAUCCACACAACUUCUUCGUGCAAAGGGCGUGUUUCCAACGACUGGUUAAGGAUAUGGUUCGGGAGUUCCGAAACGCUGUAUCGUUCGCAAAACCUUCAGUUAAUCAUAUCGCGCCGGGUAAAACAUACUUGGCUUUCAACAAGGCUGAUAACAUGUGGCAGAGAUGCCGUAUUCUUGGAAUCGACAUGAAACCCAAUAAGACUCCAGUAGUUCAAGUUUUCUGUUUUGAUUUCGGAAGCAUCGAGUUUAUCUCAGCCGAUAAGUUAAGACUUUUGCCACCUUCAAAAAUACAGUGUCCAUAUCCACUCGCCAUUAAUUGCUCUUUGGCUAAUUGUGAGCCAAGGAGUGGCAAGUGGACUAAUGACGAUUCUUUCCUCAUCCAAAAUAUAAUUGACAAUAAACAGGCUGUGCUUCACGUGCGCCGUAUAAUACCGCUGUCAAAUGUGGAUUUUAAAUUGGAUUGCGAUGUCACCACUUUCGAGAAUGGAGUCAGUGUUGCUCAUGCUUUAGUGUUCCAUGAACGUGCUAAAAUGCCUAAUCCAAAGCUAUGGUAUCCCAAGAUUAUGGGUGUAGAUGAGAUACCAAAACUGUACAAUUCCAGUGAAUUAAAAUCUGAGGAGGAAGUGUACAUAACACACGUGAUUAACCCUGACAAGUUUUAUGUGAGAAAGCAUCAUCUCCAAGAAAUAUAUGACAAACUUACUGAAGAGUUGGAGCAAGAAUACAGCCUCGCUUCAACUACUGGGACUGUGUAUUUGCCAGAAAUAGGUAAGGUAUAUGCAGUAAACUUGGAGAAGAGUCAGGAGGAAGUGUCGGCGAGCUGGGCGCGCGGCGUGGCGACGGAGCUGCCCGGCCACAAGCGCGUCCGCGUGCGACUGCCCGACUGCGGCCGCAGUCUGCUCCUGCACUGGUCCUCACUGCGCUAUCUACAAACCAAAUUCACGACACUCAGCGCACUAGCUAUAGAAUGCCACCUCGCGGGUAUUACACCCCCCAACAAACAAUGGAGUAAAGUUUCAGUUGAAUUCUUUAAGAAAUACCAGGGCACUUUACUUGAACUACACGUUGAAGACAAUCGCAACAAAGGUAGACACAACCGUGGCUCCGUCGGAGUUACUCUUUACGAUAAAAGUGACACAGAAAACUCAGUCUGCAUCAACAAUGAGAUGAUCAAGCAUAAGUUUGGCGUAUCUUUUGGGAUUUAUAAAUUUAACACAUCUCCAGAAGAACAGGUUGUCACAAAUAAGUCUCCUCUAAUAGAACCUAAACCAAGUAAACCACAAAAAAAUAAAAUAACCAUCUUAAAGAAAGAAAUGCCAGAAAAAGUAAAAUCACCUGAAAGUAUGGAUGAUAUAAAUUUACAGGCUAAAGAUAAGGGACCACUGAGAUUAGAGGCCAAGGUUCUGAAUUACCAGUCACCUUCACAUAUUUAUAUUUCUUUAGUUCAUCAACAAAAAACUUUCAAUGAACUCUUCGAAAAAAUGCAAAAAUAUUACUCAAAGAGUAAUAAAAACAAACUGAAAGAAGACUGGAAAAUUGGCGACAGAUGUAGCACACUGUGCCAGCAAUCACAAACCUGGCGCAGAACUAUUAUUAUGGAACUGAAAGAUGAUAAUGCAAAGUUAUUCUACAGUGAUUUUGCCUGUGUUGAAACAGUUCCAAUAUCCAGAUUAAAAGAACUGCCUCAAGAAUUUUCUAAAAUUGGUGAUGCUGCUAUAAAGUGUCAUUUAUCUGGAAUCAUGCCUGCGGUGGGUGACGAGUGGCCACUGAUUACAAAGGAGUAUUUAAAAGAACUUCUUGAUGGAUACAAGAGGAUAUUUGUGACAAAAAUGGGCACAUUCAAAGAUAAAAGUAUGCCAAUUCAACUGUGGGUUUAUCAUACUGAGCAAGGAGGCGCCUUAGAACCCAAUAAAUCUACAUGGCGUUGUUUGAAUGAAAAAAUACUUGAGCAGGGUCUCUGCGUACCUGACCAAUCUCAGGCCGUUCCAACUGAUAACAAUGCCGAAGAUUCGCAAGAUAUGCUGUCGUUCCUCAAUAUCACUGGUUCCGUGAAUGAGUGGCUAUUAUUAGAACCUUUGCCUAUGAUUCCAUUCGAAAAAGAAAAAGUUGAUAGUGGUUCCAAAACAAAUUCACCCUCGCCUUCCGAAGAAAAUGAAGAUGACUAUUAUGUUGCUAAAGAAAAUCCCAGUCCUUCCAAUGUGAUGUACGUUACUGACUGGUUGCCACCAGAACCACUCAACUGCAGGGAAUUUACUGCGUUACCGACAUACAUAGACAAUGAUGGUAUUAUUUACUUACAUGAUAUAAGUCAACAGGAUACAUUGGAUCUUAUUCGUAAAGCACUAGAUGUCCGUUUUAAAGACCCUGACCCAAAAGCAAAGUUUACAAAAUGGAGUGUGGGGGAACCAUGCGUAGCGUUAUUCUUUUUAGAUAACCGCUAUUAUAGAGGACGAGUGAUUGAAGUAAACAAAGAAACUUCCAUGUGUGUCAUUCAUUACAUAGAUUACGGUAAUGAAGAGUCAUGCUCCUUUGAAAAUUUAAGAAAAAGUGUUCCGCUCCACCAAAUUCCGACACAAGCACACAAGUGUGUGUUAAAUCGUAUAUGUCCAGUAGGAAAACAAUGGGACAGACAAACACUAGACUACAUUCACAAAUCAAUUGUUGAAAAAAAAUGUUUUGUAAAAGUGGUAGGUGAUGCAGUAAACGGAGUAAUACCAAUAGAGCUAAAGUAUGACAAAUUAUGGAUCAAUGAUCACUUAGUAGAUUUUGAAUUGGCUAAAUACAAAGAUGGUACAAAAGCCCCUGUCAUGAAAUAUUGUCCAGUUGAAAAGAACAAAAAAAUAAUCCAAGAAGAUACAACACAAUAUGAUUCUGGACCAGAUUAUGUAGUUGAUGAUCCAGAUACUGAUCAGUUAUCUUCAUGUCAAAAUUCUUUUGAUGUAAGCUUAUUAAAGCUGCUGACUGGAACAAAUUAAUGGAAGAUGAAGAAUCUGCAACUGAUGGAAAGUUUAUUACAUUCCCAAAACAUUCUGAUAAUGAAUACAUGUGUAAUAUUGCUGUAAUUAAUGAUGUUAAUACAUUAGAACUUAAUAUUGUUUGGGAUGAAGAUACAUCUAGGCUUUAUGAACAGAUGUUUGAAGAGAUCCAGACUGAAAGUAUGAAUAUGCCAUCCCUGGAUGGAGUAUUUGAGAAUAAAGCAUGUAUUGCAGUAUUCCCAGAAGAUGGUCGGUGGUACCGCGCCGUUAUUUUACAACAUUGUGAAAAAAAAAAUCGUGUUAAAGUAAGAUAUGUUGAUUAUGGUAACAUUGAAAUCAUUUCUUUAACUGAUACAAGAGAGAUUUGUGAAGAAUUGGCCAAACUUCCUCCUGCAACUAUAUCUGCUAGAUUGUUUGGCGUGCGCUUAAACGCCGAUACAGACAUCAGUGUUAUUACAGAAAAUUACGCUCAGGUUUUCUUGGAUAAAGGACCUUUCCACGUGAAUAUUAUGGGUUAUGAAGGUCCAGUACCAUUAGUAGAGCUAAGACAUGAAAAUAGUGAUUUAGUAUACAAAAAACUUAUAGAAAAUAAUAUAUUCAUAAAAUGUGAUUGA